AUGAUCCAAUUGGAUGAUGAGAUAUUAGAAAAAGAGCUUGCACAUUUGAUGAAAGAAGAUCCAAGCAAGUUUGUGAUGCACUCUGAAGAAGAAGGAGAUAAGAAAAAAACAGCAGAAAAGGGAAAGGAAAGGGGAGUUCAAUACGCCAAUAUUGCAUGUCUUGAUGCGGUCAAAUUCGAGGAAGGGUUAAGCACGGGAAAGGAUGCAGGAAUAAAGGAAAGGAAGGAGGAAGCUGAUCACCAAUUCACCACUAAACCUAGAGCACGGACCAUUAUGAAAUAUGAAGUUAUUAAAUUUAAAGAGAAGGAGGUUCAAGAGACGGUGAAAAAGAAGGGGGUGAAGAAGAAAAAGAGGAAAAGGCAAGCCCAAGCAGCUGGAGAUGAAGCAAUGAAAAGAAAAAGAGAUGAAUUAAAAAGGGCUUACAAGAAAAAGAUCCACGCUUACAAGACCAAGUACAAAUCACAAAAAAAAUCAUGUUCAGAAGAGGACAAUCUUCAAGUGGUAGCCAAGGGGAGUUUCCAUGGCUAA